CUUCAUUUCCCCACAAAAGGAGCGCUCGCACGCUUGCACGCACGCACGCGCACACAAUCAACAAUAGGGCUGGUGGUGCUGGCUAUCAUCGCAUAGCCUCGCAUUGCCUCGCCUCGUCACCGCUCCUUUGACAAGCAGCGUCGCCCUCCUGGCCUUCCACCCGCUCGCCCGCGUGCACACCUGAUGUCCAGUCCUCCCUCUGCAUCUGAGCACAAGAAUCAGGAUUCACUCAUCACCGCAACGGCGUCGAACUCGAACACAUCAUCCUCUCCCUCUUCCGUCCGACAUUUAUCACCCAUCACCUCAUCGCAGCCCCACUCUCCCUUCCACGUCGCGCAGACACUCGGCGCUGGCUCAUCUCGCGCAGAUUCGCCCAAGCUGAGAAGACAUCCAAGCGGGUCACAGCAGCUUCACCACGCUUUGCCCGCUCACAAGCGUCCACGCCCUUCGACGCCCAACUCAGACGUCGACGGCAACAGCCUUGCCUCUUCUGACUUGGCAUCAGCCGCAACAGCGACGGACUCUGCAGCUAGCCCGUUGCGCCAGUGGACAGAUACUCAGAGCUACGUGCCUCGCCCUGUCUUUGGUACCAAGAUGAGCGACAGCGGCUCGCUGGCCGGGUUGACAGAUGAGCAGAAGCAGCUGCGCAUCGAUGACGGCGUGCGAGCUGGUAAUGGCGCGGCAGAUGAUUCGGGCAGCGUCAUGGCGCCAGAUACUCCACCUCGCUCAGCAGCCGCAUCGUCUGGAUCGGCAUCCCCCGUCGUGUCUUCGCCAGCUCCAUCAUUGCACAACGAGCCUCCAUCCGACGACUCUCCUCCUCCCUCGCCCAGUGAGCAGCUGGCCAAGAUCACAGAAUAUAAGAAUGCGCCACUAGACUCUAAUCAGGAUUACCACCUCAUCUCGCGAGCGUGGUAUCGUCGCUGGGCCGCGUACACAGCCGCGAGUGGGGAGAACGACGACGAUGACGGUGCUCCCUCAUCUCCUGGUCCAGUCGACUGCUCAGACCUCCUUGCCAGUCCACCGAGUCAGGGCGAGGCUAGCAGUUCGAAGGUCAAGUUGGCGAACGGACUGCAGGAAGGUCACCACUUUGAGAUCCUCCCUGCUCCAGCAUGGUGGCUCCUCACUACCUGGUACGGUUUGCGUGGUCCAGUUAUCAAGCGAGGGGUGCUGCCCAAGAGCAACCCACCUAUCCUCGAGAUCUACAUGACCAAGGUCGUCUUUGUUCGACUCACCGCCGAGCGCGAAGCGGCGAACGAGUUUGCGGCAACAUCCACUCCGCCAGCAACGAGCAUCAGUAGAGCCACGCCCCUCGAGAUUGUUGCUCGAUUGGCGCGCGAGCAGAUGGGCGCGACCAGCUCGCAGACGGAAGUGAGGCUUUGGACCUGCCCUCCAUCGACGAAGGCUUCUUCGUCCAGCGUCACAGUUGACGAAGUCACUGCGGAGGACUCUGGUUAUUCGCUGGUGGAAGACAAGCAAGGCAGCGAGUCUCUUGCCUCCAUUGCUGAUCGGCUGCCGUGGGAGCCUAUGCCGCUCGUCGUUGAGCUUGCCUAUCGCAAUGGCGACUGGCCGACGGAAAACGGCAGGCAGAGCAGCGCAAUCGCAGACGCGGCACCGCAAGCUCCUCCGCCUCCCCCCAGCGGCAAGCACGGCCUCUUCGCCCAGGCCAAGGGGCAAGACUCGUUCUCUCGCCUCCAACAGCAGUCACCAACAAUCACGCCGGCCAGUACCACCGCAAGCACGAGCGCCAGCAGCGCCUCCGUCUCAAACGCCAAUCCCUCUCGCAUUACUCGCUCGCAGACCGCUACCGAGCGCGGUAGCUCGAGCCGUACGCUGGGGCUCAAAGGUCUAAUGAACUUGGGCAACACCUGCUUCAUGAACUCCGCGCUUCAAUGCCUCAGCAACACGCCCGAACUCAAAGACUACUUCGUCUCUCGCGUCUUCGAACAGGAGAUCAACACAGACAAUCCGCUUGGCAAUGGUGGAGCCCUCGCCGAAGCCUUCGGCGGGCUGAUCAACGCCCUCUGGUCCCCGCAGGGGAACAACGCCUACUCCCCUCGCGACUUCAAAUGGACCCUCGGACGCUUCGCCCCGCAAUUCUCUGGCUACUCCCAGCAAGACACGCAGGAGCUCCUAGCCUUCCUCCUCGACGGACUGCACGAGGACCUCAAUCGCAUCAAGAAGAAGCCCUACAUCGAGGCGGAGGAUUGGAAGGGCGGCGGGCUGAUGGAGAUGGUGCAGUUCGCCCGCAGGCAGUGGGCCGACUACCGGCAGAGAAACGAUUCGGUCAUCGUAGACCUGUUCCAGGGUCAGUAUAGGUCUACGCUGGUAUGCCCAGAGUGUGGGAAGGUGUCGAUCAAGUUUGACCCAUUCAUGUAUUUGACGCUGCCCUUGCCCAACAAGACCAUGUGGCGCCACCAAGUCUACUUCGUGCCGCUCGACCCCAGCAAGCCCGUGCAGGCAGUCAACAUGGUCCUCCCCUCUGAGGUCUCAAUGUCCAAGCUCAAGACGGAGCUCGCAGAUCUCUUCGCUGUUCAAGGCGGCCCUUCGCGAAUCCUCGGCGCCGAAACGUGGAAGUCCGUCUUCUACCGCCUCUACUACGAUUACGAGCCAGUCCACACAAUCGAAAGGGCAGACCACGCCUGGUUCUGGGAGCUUCCCUGCGACUUUACGCCUCCUCCCCCAGAAACGAGCGGGUUGCGAAUGUCCUUCUCGAACUCGCUGCAGUUCCCACAGACGAUUGAGUCGAGGGCACGGGAGGAGGUCAAGGAGGCGGUGUUGAAGGAGCACGGCGAGGGGACGCACGUUGUCCUGCCGGUCUUUACGUAUCUGGAGAGGACGAGCCAGGGGAAUCCUUUCUUCGUCGCUAUUCCUCGCGAGGACGUUAAUGAUGCGGGCAAGGUCAUGGGCGCCGUGAUGGACCAGUACAGGCGUGUCGCGCCGGACGUGCCAGAGGAUAUCGCUCGCGAGCAGCGAGGUGCGAUGCGACGGAAAGAGAGCGAGGACGAAUUCGUCGGCCCGGCGCCCACCGUCCAGUCGCAGGACGUUGUGGCCGAGGUGCGCGUCAAUAGCGACGUCUUUGAGCCGCAAGAGGCCGACGCCGACACUGACGAGACAAUGGGCACGCCUCCUCGCGCGACGAUGAGCACGCCACCUCCUCCUCCGGCCCACCCGUCUGUGGUCCAGGAGCUCAACACCCCCACGCGCCCACCCCUCUUCCAACUCUACUACGCCGCUGACCUCGACAAGCCCAUCAAGGACCUCGACAACUGGAACGAGUACAACGUCGAGCCGCUCGCGGAUCGCAGUGCACGCCUGGCAGCACAUCGUGAGGGUGCUUGGCCUCUCGUGUACCGCGGUGGAGCACUCCUCUGCGUCUGGAGCGAAGAGGCGGCGCGUGACCAUCUCCCCCGCAGCGCCGAUACUGGGCACUGGGGCUCCCCCGACUCUCUCUCGGAAGUCGACUCGAAGCGUCUCGCUGAGGAGAAAGCAGAACAAGCCACUCGCUCCAAACGACGUGCCGGGUCCAAGCAGCAACAGCUCAGCAUCGAGGACUGUCUUGACGAGUUUACGCGCGAGGAGCAGCUGGGCGAGGAAGACCUCUGGCAUUGUCCCGACUGCAAGGAGUUCAGGCAGGCGACGAAGAAGUUUGAUCUCUGGAAGGUGCCCGAUAUUCUCGUUGUGCACUUGAAGCGAUUCAGCGCGGGGAGGGGAUUGAGGGAUAAGAUCGACGUUGCGGUAGACUUCCCCAUCGAGGGGCUGGAUCUCACAAAGAGGGUCGAGGGGACAAAGGCGUUGGCGCAGUUGAGGGAGGAAGGGAACGCUCCUGCCCCACCAAGCCCGUCCGCUGGCAGCGACAUGGCCGACUCUCCGCCUGCCACGGCGGCGGACGCCCUCUCCUCUAGCGUACUCUCAGCCCUUUCAGCCACCAACGACGAGUCCGUCACGUCCGAUGCGCCCAUCUACGACCUCUUUGCAGUGGACAACCACUUUGGCGGGCUCGGUGGCGGCCACUACACUUCCUCAGCGCGCAACGCGGAAGACGGGCAGUGGUACUACUUUGACGACUCGCGCGUGCACAAGAUCGAUGCGGACAGUGUGGAGCAGGAGGUGAAAGGCCCGGCGGCCUACCUGCUGUUCUACAGACGGAGGACGACUAGGACCAUCGGCGGGAAGAGCAAGGAGAUGGUCAGGAUGGCCAGCGCAACGCCCAGUGGGGUCAACUCGAGGAGUGACGAGGCAGGCGCGCGUGCAGGGCCGAGCGCAUUGGCGAGUACGGCGCCAUGGGGGCCAGGAGGCGGGGAAGACUUCCUCCCCCUGUCUCGCCGCUCCUCCUCGCGUUCGAGCAGUCAAGCCGCCUCUGCCGGCGAGUGGGACCACGAUGCAGGCGACUCGACGAUGCGCAAUCGCGAAGAUGACGACGAGCUGCCGACGUACAACGACGUCACGGCCGGGUACACUCCGGGCAGUCCCACCAGCCCUUCUUGUAGACCGACCGUCAUGACGAGGUCGUACAGCGAUGUGAGCAGUCAUGAUGGGCACACGGCGGGUAGCUUUGAUUGGACGCAUGGGGUACAUCACGAGUUUGGGCUCGGUGAGGAGAAGAAGCGGGGCGCAGGGAGUGAGGCCGGGGUGUAUCGUCGUACAGGGGCGGGAGAGGAUGAUGAGUACGAUGAGUAGGAGUAGACGAGGAGAGGCAGAUCAGAGGCGGGCGCAACACACAGCACACAAAUCUAUAUCAUACGUCAUCUUCUUCAAGUCAUGGCUUUGGCCUUUUUCCC